AUGUCUGCGCCUACUUCUCCUAGACGCUCGUCUGAGUCUGCAGGCCGGCCUGAAUUCAGAGACCAUACGAUCCCAGUUGCGGGGUCCGGCCACACUCGUAGUGCUUCCGGUGAGGUCCAGCCCAGAAGCCACCGGAGAUCGAUCCAAUUUAGCGUCGACGCUGCAGAAUCUCAGUUGCCCACUCGCUCGUCGAGCUUCAAGGAAAAGCGACUGUCAUAUGGGGAUACCCCGACCAGAGAAUUGGAAGAAAAGGAAAAAAGGGAACGGGAACACAAAGCUGCCCAGUUGAACCGAGGGCCGUCUCCACCACCGCCGAAAACCUACGAGCGAGGCGUCUCUUUCGACACAUUCGACAAUUUCGAUGCUACCGAUUUCUCCCUUACAUUAAACUACAAACACAAAGGUUACCAGAGCACACGUCGCAGUAGGACCUUCUUGUGUGGAACCGACCAGAACGACUACUCCGAAUUCGCCCUCGAAUGGCUCAUUGACGAGCUGGUAGAUGACGGGGACGAGAUCGUCUGUCUUCGAGCAGUGGAAAAGGACUCGCGCAUAGCUAGCGAUGUCGGAAUCGAAGAGCGAAAGUACCGCGAGGAGGCCGAAAAGCUAUUUGAGCAGGUGAUCCAGAAAAACAGUCAGGAUGAGAAGGCUAUCAGCUUGGUCCUGGAACUUGCCGUGGGCAAGGUUGAGAGCAUCAUCCAACGCAUGAUCCGCAUAUACGAGCCUGCAAUGCUUGUAGUUGGUACACGAGGACGCAACUUGAAAGGGGUGCACAGUCUGCUCCCAGGCUCCGUCUCUAAAUACUGCCUCCAGCAAUCACCCAUCCCGGUAAUAGUCGUUCGACCUUCGCCGAAGCGCGAAAAGAAAAAGAAAAAGCGCCGUGCAGACCCAACACGGCGCAGCUACAACCAUAUCCUGGAAAUGAGCGAGCAGCGCGGCAGUCAGAUAUUCGGCGCCAGCCCCAGCACUGAUAGCAGCACCUCGAAGCUGCCAGAUGAGGAGGCUGCAGUGGCAGAGGCACUUGGACUCCCCGCAUCAUACUCCAAUGCGGCCUCGCGCAGUUCUUUAUCGGUCUCAGACCGCAGCAGCAUUAGCCACGAUGACUCCGACACGAAUUACCCCCGGAACUCACUCGAUGCAAUGCUUAUGGCGAGUCCGGGUAUUGGAAGUCCAGCAGAUAGCUCCCAGGAGAGCGUCGUUACUACAGGUAGUGUCCAGCCAUCUUCUUUGGUGGACAGGACUGCAGCCUCGCCUCCUCCAUCUAACCACUUCGACUCUCCUGCGUCAGACUCCUCUACCGAAGUCGACAAGUCAGACGAGACGAACGAGCAUUUGCACUCGACCAAGAACCCCGUGUCUAUCCCUAUGAUUGAAGUGUCGGAAAACGAUGACAAAAUCGACAACACGAAGUCUUGA